UAGAGCAUCUCCCCUCCACCAUUCCCACCUUUCCAAACCCAUAAGUUCACAACUAAUAAAGCUCUUGUAUCUCCAAAAUUAACCAUGCAUGCAUGAACAACCAAACAAGAAGACAACAAUAAUCAUGGACUGGUUCUUACGUGAUCCCAGAGGGCCUCAAUGGAAGCAAGGUUGGAGAGGCCAAGUCCUGGCCUCAAUUUCACUUCCUCCGGCACCGCUCCUCGCCGUCUUCGCCAUAGUAGUUCUCUUCCUUUCUUUAUCAUGGUACACCAACUACAAGGAGCAGGUGCACCGUUCUGAGCUCGGCCUUCGCUUCUUCUUUAUUCUUUUUCUGUUUUUGGUGGUCUUAGUCCUGGCAGGGUACAUGCUCGUUGAUAGAAGGUUUAAGUUCCGGAGGUUUGGGCCGGAGCAGGAGGGUAGAGACAUGGCGGGGAGCUCGCCGUGGGGUGUGGCUGCGCUUGUGGUGGUGCUUUUGUUGAUGGUGUCUUACCAGUCUUCUUUUCAUUCACAGUGGUUUAGACCUCUGUGGAGGUAUACUUAAAAAGAGUAGUUACUGAUGAUCAUGAGGCUCCUCCUGCUCCUCCUCCUCCUACUCUUUGUGAACAACUGCUGUUUCAUGUGCUUGUUUGUUGAAUGUUGAUGUUAUAUAAAUAAAUAAAUAUGUUAAUAGCUUAAUUAUAUAUGGUGUUAUUAA